AGAGCGGAAGUCCCUUCCCCUCCCCCUAGCGCCUGGGAACCACAACAUGGCGGACGUUGCAUGAAGAAUUUAACAACAUGAAUUUCUGAAAGGGGGAGAAAAAGAGGGGGGGGGAAGAAGCCGUUUUUUAUUUUAUUUUGUUUAUUUUUUAUUUUUAUUUUUUUUCCCGGGGGGGGGAAGGGGGGGAACCAUUCAUUCCAGAUCCUGUACUCCUCUCCGACCGCGUAUCUCCGGCGCUGACCCAGUUACCAAUAUUAAUCACACCGUCGUUAUCGACAGGAUCGCUGGGUUUUUUUUUGGGGGGGGGGGGGGGGUUGGUUUAAAAAAUAUUUAGCAAAGCCCCUAACUAGUCCUGCAUUGAAGAAAAAAACAACAACUAAAUGGACAGCUGGAUCAAGCCAAACAAGGGUUUUAACUGUAAUAUUUCCACGAAAACAACAGCCACGACGGUUAACUGUCUUUUUUCCUCUCAUGUGCACGUCUGAAACGCGGACUUUUAUUUGAGGACCGAGGACUUGGGCAGCGGGGUCUUCUCGUCUCCGGGACCCGAGGGUUGACGCCGGCCGCUGGUCGGGGGGGAGCAGCGCCUGGUUGUAGCGUCGACGUCCCGGGCGAGGAAGGAGGGGGGCACGGGGGCGAGGGAGGGGGGCAGAUCCGGCGGCUCCACGACCGCGAUGGGAGUCCAGGGGUUUCAGGAGUACUUGGAGAAGAGGUGCCCGGGGGCGGCGGUGCCCGUGGAUUUGCUGAAACUCGCCCGCACCGCCGCCCGGCAGCAGCCCCUACACUACCCGCACCCGGCCUCGCUGGGCGCGCCGGCCGCUCACCCGCCUCCGCCGGCCCGCAUCCUGAUCGACGCGGACUCCGGGCUGCAGCGCCUGUACGGCGGCUACCAGACGGACUGGGUGUGCGGCGGCGAGUGGAACGCCAUGCUGGGCUACCUGGCGGCCCUGUCCCAGGCCUGCCUCUACCAGGGCGGCCUGGAGCUGGUGGUCAUCUUCAACGGCACCCUGGGCAAGGACCGCUGGCCGGAGUGGGCGCGCCGGGCCCAGGGGCAGCGCCAGACCGCCCAGCUCAUCGUCAACCACGUCGCCAGCAAGGGCACCCCGCCGCCCCGCGCCUGGUUCCUGCCGCCGGCCUGCCUCAGCCACUGCAUCCGCCUGGCCAUGCUGCGCUACCGAGUGCGGGUGAGUGCCGGGCCUGCGGUGCCUUCCUGUCUGUCAGGGAACCACAUUCUGCCUGACGAGGACCUGGCUGCCUUUCACUGGAGCCUGCUGGGCCCAGAGCACCCACUGGCCUCCCUCAAGGUGCGCGCUCACCAGCUGGUGCUGCCCCCCUGCGAGGUGGUCAUCAAGGCCGUGUCCGAGUACGUCAGCUCCAUCAAGGACCUCAGCAACCUGGACGCUGUGGCUAGAGACGUCUUCAAGCAGUCGCAGGGGCUCAGAAGUAUUGUAGUGUGCUGUGCAUAUUUAAAAUGUGUUAAUGUCUCUCCAUCUCUUCCUGGCUGCUCUCUGUUGUCCGUCCCUUCCCCUCAGUAUCCCCCUCAGGUGACAGGGAAGCCAGCCUAUCCCAGCGGCUCUUACCCUGGCGGCUCCGGCCCCGGCCCCGCCCUCCUGUUCCAGGCCCCGCCCCCCAUGCAGGACUGCAACGACUCGCUGGCGAAGGCCGCCUUCUCCGAUUGGUCAGCUCCCUACGACGGCUCCUCCGGGGGCGGCCCCCAGGGCCACGGCCCCCGACAUCCCAACCACCACGUGCCGGCUCCUCCCGGCCCGCCCUCUGCCCCCGGCUCCUCUCCCUCCUCCUCCUCCGACGGGGAGGAGCAGAACGAAGCCAGCGCCAACCACGUUCCGGACAAGUCGCGCCCCAAGGGAGGAUGGGAGGAGGGGGGGAAAGGGGACGGAGGAGGGGGCGGAGUUGGCGACGGUCUCCAGGGAAACGGAAGCUCACAUAUCCCGUCCCUCCUCUCCAUGGCAACGCGGACUCACAUGGACAUCACCACGCCCCCUCUGCCCCAGGUUGUCGCUGAGGUGCUUCGGGUUGCAGAACACCGACACCCCGGCUGCGUGUCUGUGUGCAGGUAUAUGAUGCAGUGGCCGGGCGGCCGCAUUCUGCAGCGCCACGAGCUGGACGCCUUCCUGGCCCAGUCUGUGUCCAGUCAGCUGUACGAGCCCGACCAGCUGCAGGAGCUCAAGGUGGACAAGCUGGACUCCCGCGGCAUCCAGCUGGCUGCUCUGUUCAUGUGUGGGGUGGACACGGCGCUGUUUGUGAAUGACGCCUGCGGACAGCCCAUCCCCUGGGACCACUGCUGCCCCUGGGGCUACUUCGAUGGCAAGCUCUUCCAGAGCAAGCUGGCCCGGGCAACCAGGGAGAGAGGAGCCCUCCUGGACAUGUGUGAGGGGCAGGAGGAGCAGGUGUCCCGUGUGGAGAAGAUGAGACAGGCCAUCCUGGAGGGCAUCAGCCUGAACCGCCAACCCCCUCCUCCGCCCCCGCACCGGGCUCGGGCCUUCCCAGGAAUCCAGGCCAUCCCGUCCCACGGAGGGAAGCUGGAGAUCGCGGGCAUGGUGGUGGGCCAGUGGGCCGGGAACAAGCCGGUCCGCGGCCGGGGGGGCUUCAACGUGCAGGUGGUGUCGGUGGGCGGCGGAGGAAGAGGGAGGGGGAGAGAUCUGUCGAUAAGAGGAAGAGGAGGAAAAAAACCGAUGACAAGCAGACCGCAGGUGGGUUCCACAAGCCCCUCCUCCAACGGAGCCCCCAAACAGGCUGAAGAUUCCAAGGUGCGGGCCCUCAUCGGGGGGGGCGCCCCACACCUGAAUGGCAGCUCCCCGGCUCCCGCUAGCGGCCAGGCGCCGGAUCCGCAGCCUGCCCCCACUCAGGCCCAGCCUGUCCAGUGUGCCUUACCCAGCAGAGACAGCCAGUCGGGGGCCAGGGUCCCCUCCGGUAGUGAAGCCGACGACCCCUGUUGCCCUGACGACUGCACGGACGGAGCCGCGGCUGCUCUGCAGAAAGAGGAGUAACCAUCCCACAUUGCACUGGGGGGAGGGUAGAGGGUGUGAUGGGUGGGGGCAGAGGGAGGCGAGAGAUGGGAGGAGCAAGUGCAACAGGGAUGAUGUAUUACUGAGAAGACGCAGAGCUGGGAGGUGAGCAGGCUGUCAGAGGGGAGACAGGGGAAGGAGUUUCUCUCCUGGUUUCCCCUGUCCUCGCUCUUCCUGACCCACAGCACAGUGCUGGACCCCAGUAGCUGAGCGCUUUCUGUCUCUGCCUCCCCCACCCCCCUCCUCUCUCUCUCUCCCUCUCGCUUUCACUCCCCCCUGUUGAAGAGGCUGAAUGGAGCAGACUGACCCAGAAUGUGAACCCCAACACCAGAGACCCACCACUGACCCCCCUGUUCACCCCUCCCCCCAAGGUCAGACAGGCCCACACACAAGCACUAGCUGGGUGGACAGUGGAGACGUUGCUGUGGUAGACAGACGCACAGACCCUCCCCUGCCCCCAGAAGACACCAGACACACACACGCACAGCGUCCCCCGUUCCAGUCUUCUCCAGGCUCUAGGGUCGCACGCACAGAAGAAACGGACUAAAGGCCUUGAAAAAGACAAGCACCCGUGUUAUCUGAAAGCGACUAGUUCCUUAACAGAGUGGUAAAUCACUCAUGGCUUUUUUUAAAGACAGGACAGAUCACUGAUGAGUGGAUUGAUCAUUCAAAUAGGAGGGGACUUUUCUCAAAUCUUGGCUCUCUCUUUUUCUAGACCUCGAGGAGCUGAAGUCCCCUUUGUUCAUCUCAGUCCAGCAUCUCUGACCAAGCACAUCAGCUCAGCUUAAACCCCCCUCCUCUGCUUCAGUUCUCUCUCCUCAAGCUUGGGGUGGAAAGCAAAGAGGAUUUCUGCUUUUUAUAGAGAAGGAACUUUUAUUCUAUUUCAGAACUGUGUUUUUGUACAACAGUUAGAAAAUCCUUAGAUAUGUUUUAUGGAGGACCUAACGCUAUCCAGUGUCCUACUGCUUACUGCAGAGCCCAGCCAUACUGAAGUGAGCAACACCUGAGACAAAGACAGUGCAGUGGCAACACAAUGCCCAGCUCAAAACAGAGCACACCCUAACACAGCAGUACCGAAUCUGGUACACCUAGACCUUGUUCUCCAUGUAGAGUCUGUUGCAGAUGCUCUUGUGCUUAGUGCCGAUUUGUCUGUCACGCACGUGUUUGUGCAGGAAAGCUGGGUGAGGUGUUCGCAGAAAGGGCAAGAUCGCUUAGUUUGGCAUGGCAGGGCUCUGUAAGUAUUUCUGAUUUUGGGAGACUCAAUACUGAAACACCUCAGCUGUCCGCGGGCGUGUUCAGGGGAGUUGUUUUCAGCUGUGUGGGUACGGACUUGUGUACGCGUGCGUGUUCACACAGAAUGGAGGAGGCUUCACUGUAACGCACCCGCCCUGCCAGAAUUGUGGUUUGCGACCGCAGCGCGCGUGAAAAUCGAACCCCGUUCCACUCGGGAGCGAUGGCUUUGCUUUCUGCCCGCUGAGCCGCGGUGUCGAAGUCCAGGUUGCACUCGUCCUUGUAGAUCUCCCAUCUGUCUGUGUCUUUGUGGGCGACACUACAGCAGUGCACCCUGGGAUCGCUCUGUGCCGCGUCGCGCCGCCUCCCAGCGUGUUUCUGCCAAGAAGCGAGCUGGUCGGUGUGGGCGAGUGUUCGGUGGGCAGCCCUGACGGGGGCUGUCCUGCACCCCCCCUGCCUCCCCUUCUUCCUGGGCGCCAUGUCAUUCACUUCCGGGGCACGCUGCAUAGCCUUAUGGGAGCUGAGGCUGCUGUUCCUCCCCCCAGUCUGCUUGUGGCGAUUAGGGGUCACGAUGAGAGUAGGCAGUCUCCUUCGAUCUGUGCGUUUUCCCUCCCUGCACCGGCCGAGAGCGCUGUGCUGGGCUCUUUUUAACGUGACGCUAGAAAACAAAACCCAGAGCAGCCAGCAAACGGUUAGUGAUCCUGGGUCGCUUGGGAGUGGAUUCUGGACGGAGUGGUUGGUGGUAUUGGGGAAGGGGGGGCGUAGCGCUGUUGAGUUUCAGAUACACUUAGUGGGGCCGUUGGGUCAGGGGUAAAGGCCAAAAACGCACAGAUCUGUGGGGACUGGCCAGUGGAAUAGAGACCAAGGGAGGCCUCCCGGGGGGCAGUCGGAGUGUGGUGUGACUGCCCGGCCUGGGGUAAUGGGUCACCCACAGCCCUACAGCCUCCCAGCAGGCCUCCCUAAAUCACCAGCCCCCCCGAGAACCAGCAGCCACUGGUCCAGGUCAUCCGGCAGCGAGAUCGGUUGAGCAGAAGCAACCUCAAGGGACUGGUGUGCCCCUCGGGUUCGUCUGGGCCCCAGCUUCCUGCUCGUGGGGGCAGGGGUCAGUCCCAGAGACCCUCUCUCCAGUCAGUGGUUGUACAGGUCACCCUCAAACCAGGUCUUUCUACAACUGCUGUUAUUCACACUGUCUCCGAUACUUCUUCUUGAAGAGAGGAGUUCAGUGUGCAGGGUGGAGGACUAACUCUGCUGUGCCACUAGGUGGCGCUCCUCCACAUGCAUCCCUCAAGCGGAUGUGCAUAGCAAAGUCCCUCCCUGCUGACUUCCAGGGCCAGGGCAGGGCAUUCCCGACGGGAUGGUCCCGAAUUGGGGAAUACUGUUGAAUCGUCACAAGCGUCUGAUUUAAGGGUGACCUGUUACCCUGGCUGGGCAGUCACACCAGCAGCAGAGGGGGUCCAGCCCGCGUUAGAUCAGGUGGGCUGUAGCACAGACCGCUAUGCCUCCCCUCCCUGAAGAGCCUCUGGUCAGCUGUUUCCCAGUGCUUCAGCACGGUUCUGCCCACAUGGGUGCACCCUGACCUUUCCGUAUAUAGAAAGGACUGACAAUCAGACAGUCAUGUGUCGCAGCUGACUGCGCAGUGACUAUAGCGCCGCCCUGGUGGCUGAGGACAGCUCCUGCAGCGCAUGGCAAAAUCCCCGUUUCACCGAGACGACGUAAUGUGUGCAGAGGCGCACGACAAUUUUAGAUUCGAAACGCCACCGUUUCCAACACGCAGUUCCCUCCUCUGAAAAAUUGGAGAGAACACUUCAUUUUUAUCCUUCAUUCAACUUUUUGAGAGCAAAAAGAAAGAGACUCGUUCUCUAGGCACUGCUGAAGAGGGGGAGGAUGUAUCUGGACGUGCAUGUCUCGACCGGGAAUAUUUUUUCGCAAAAGGGAUCCGGUUAGAGUUUAGCAAGAGUCUGUAAUCAUUCCCACUUCAGCUGGGAAAAUGGAAAUGCAGGCUCCCUCCCCACUCAGCAGUGCAGCAGAUUUGAAGCGUCUUGAAAGUUGCGUCCAUGUUUCUACAGACUAGAUGCGGUACGAAACACAGUGAACCAGUCAGAAUAAAAACUGUGGCAACACACGCACAAGCAAAAUAGCAGAACUAAGGCUCAGGCCGUCCCAGUGAAAUAGGGGUGUACUGGUUGCUUCUAAUUAUCCGGGUGUACCGUUCAAACUGUGCUUCGUGGAGCAGUGAAUUUUGUGAGGUAUCUUAAGUGGGACCAUUUGUAUCAUUUUCCUGUCGCCAACGUCACUGGUGCCCAGUAGGAGGCGCCGCUUCGGCUCGGCCUGACCAGUGUGCGCACCGGCGGUGCGUACAGGAA